UACGGCACAAAUGUUUUUAUUAGUCUUUGCGACCGGUUGGGGAAGGCGCUGAAUUUGUUUCUGCAGAGCUGGAGUUUGGAGGAACUUGACUAUAAAGUAGACGUGCCUUCAACGCCAUGCCAGCGGUUGGGGCUGUUCUGGGAUGAUCCUCCUGGCCCGGAGGCUUCUGACCCUCCGCGGACUGAGAGAGACUGUCUACAGCCGGCACAGAGCGCUCAGUGGCCCGGCCUCCACAGACAUGAUCCGCAGGCUGCCGAUCAAGAAGGUCCUCUGUGUGGCCGAGAAGAACGAUGCGGCCAAGGGGAUAGCAGAGAUCAUGUCAAACGGGAGGAUGAGGAGGAGAGAGGGCCUGUCAAAGUUUAAUAAAAUCUACGAAUAUGAGUAUCACUUGUUUGGGCAGAAUGUGACAGUUUCUAUGACCUCAGUCUCUGGGCACCUCUUAGCACUGGAAUUCAAGGCUCCGUUUCAGAAGUGGCACAGCUGUAAUCCUGUGAUGCUGUUCGAUGCAGAAGUCGAAAAAUAUUGUCCUGACAACUAUGUGAACAUCAAGAGGACUCUGGAGAGGGAGGUGCACCAGUGCCAGGCACUGGUCAUCUGGACUGACUGUGAUCGCGAAGGAGAGAACAUCGGCUUUGAGGUCAUUGAUGUAUGCAGAGCAGUGAAGACCAGUCUUCAGGUGUUCCGCGCACGGUUCUCCGAGAUCACCCCCAACUCCAUUCGAAGGGCCUGCGAGACUUUGAUCGAGCCUGACAUCAACAUCAGUGACGCAGUGGAUGUCAGGCAGGAACUGGACCUCCGCAUCGGGGCAUCUUUUACAAGAUUCCAGACGCUGCGCUUGCAGAAGAUAUUUCCCACAGUCCUCGCCGAUCAGCUGAUCAGCUACGGCAGCUGUCAGUUUCCCACUCUGGGCUUUGUGGUGGAGCGGUUUAAAGCCAUCCAGGCGUUCAUCCCAGAGACGUUUUUCAAAAUUAAAGUGCUCCACCACACUGAGGAUGGGGAGGUAGAUUUCAGCUGGAAAAGACACCGGCUUUUUAAUCACACUGCCUGCCUGGUCCUUUACCAGAUCUGUAUGGAGGAUCCUGUAGCCACAGUUAUUGACGUGACCAGUAAACCAAAAAGCAAAUGGAGGCCUUUGCCUCUCGACACUGUAGAACUUGAGAAGUUGGCGUCUCGCAAGCUGAAAAUAAGUGCCAAGGAGACCAUGAAAAUUGCAGAAAAACUGUACACCCAAGGGUACAUCAGCUAUCCCCGAACGGAGACGAACAUGUUCCCCAGAGACCUGAACCUCACCUCCCUGGUGGAGCAGCAGACCGGGGAUAAUCGCUGGGGGGCUUUUGCUCAGGGUAUCCUGGAGAGGGGUGGGCCCACACCACGGAACGGCACCAAGAAUGACCAGGCCCACCCCCCCAUUCACCCCACCAAAUACACCAGCAGCCUGCAGGGAAAUGAGCAGCGGCUGUACGAGUUCAUCGUCAGGCAUUUCCUGGCGUGCUGUUCCCAGGAUGCCCAGGGGCACGAAACCAUUGUUGACAUUGACAUCGGCCAGGAGAAGUUCUCUGCCCAUGGACUUAUGAUCAUAGCCAGAAACUACCUAGAGGUCUACCCCUAUGACAAGUGGAAUGCUAAGGUUAUCCCAGUGUACGAGCCAGGGUCCCGGUUCCAGCCCACAGCUAUUGAGAUGGUGGAUGGGGAGACCACCCCCCCCCAGCUGCUGACGGAGGCUGACCUCAUCUCGUUGAUGGAGAAGCACGGCAUUGGUACGGACGCCACUCACGCUGACCACAUAGAGACAAUCAAGUCCAGGAUGUACGUGGGGCUGACCGCUGAUCAGAGGUUUCUCCCAGGGGAGCUGGGGAUGGGCUUGGUAGAAGGCUACGACUCGAUGGGCUAUGAAAUGUCCAAGCCUGACCUGCGAGCCGAGCUGGAGGCGGACCUCAAGCUGGUCUCUGAGGGCAAGAAGGACAAGUUCACGGUUCUGCGGCACCACGUGGAGAAAUACAAGCAGGUCUUCAUCGAGGCCGUGAGGAAGGCGAAGAAGUUGGACGAGGCCUUGUCGGCCUAUCUGGGCCAGGCCCGGGAGCUCCCCCCGCAGGACGAGCUGCAGAUGGAGGGGCCCCCCGUCGUGAGGAAGUGCCCACAGUGCAGCAGGGACAUGGUGCUGAAGAAGAAGAAGGAUGGGCAGGGGACGUACUUGUCCUGUGUAGGUUUCCCCAGCUGCAGGUGUGCAGUUUGGUUCCCGGAUUCAGUCCUGGAGGUCAGUCGGGAUGAAGAGGUCUGCUCGACCUGCCGGCCCCAUCCCGUGCACAAGCUGAAGUUUAAGUUCAAGAGAGGAAGCCUCCCUCCCUUGAUGCCCCUGGAGUUCGUGGGGUGCAUCGGGGGCUGUGACGAGACCCUGCGAGAGGUCCUGGACUUAAAGUACUUGAGAGGAGCAGGAGCCGGGGCACCAGCAGCAAACGGCACCUCGUCCGCCGGCCACCUGCGGAAUAGUCAGUUUCUGAACCGGCCUAGGGACCGCCCCUCGCCCGCGCCCAGACCGGCGAGCAGCAAACAGCCCACGUGGACCUCGCAGGGUGGGGUGAAGAGCAGAAGGCCAGAUGGCGAUUCCUCGUUCAAGGUGCCAGGGGCCAAGCGCCAGAGGACCUGCGGACUGUGUCACCAGCCGGGCCACACCAGGAACACGUGCCCGCAGAAGCAAUGA